UGAGAGUUCGAUCUUCAUAAGUAGGGCAUACGUAACAUGAACCUGGCUGAUAGGCUGAAAAUGCUGCCCAAAGUUAUGUCCUUGAUCAAGGCCAUCAUUUCUAUUGUUGCUUCUCAAGAUAAGGGCUAUAUCACGGAAACUUCUAUCGCUAUAUACGAUAGGAAUGACUGCAACAACUUCUUCCAUUGUUGACAAGUUGUCAAUGCGUUUAUCAUCUUUUUGAUUAGCCUCGUUUUCAUCGUCU